AGUACUCUUUGGAUUAAACCUGGAAUGCCGCUGCCAGACUAUAAUUACCAAAUUAAUUCUGUCUAAGUCGAACAAUAUAUUCGGUUGAGCCCUAAAUUCGUCACCUUAUUUUAAAAUAAAAUGAGUAACAUGUUCAAACUGAAGCUCACUGCAUUAGGUCAUCCAAAUCCAGAAAACUUUAAUUGUGAAGAUGAAAAGGAAUAUAGAAGUGUUAUAUUGUGGUUAGAAGAUCAAAAGAUACGACAUUAUAAAAUAGAGGAGCGGGAAGGCUUACGUGAUAUAGACGCUGAUAAUUGGGCAGAAGCUUAUGAUGCUUAUCAACGUGAUUUAGUUAGCCCUGCUGCCGAUGGGAAUCUCAAUGAGCAGUUGAGUUGGAUAUUAUCUUAUGCAAUCAGAUUAGAAUAUGCUGACAAUGUUGAAAAGUACAAAAAUGCUAAGGUUGAAGAACAAAAGAAAGCAGCACCUAAUGUUGUAUCUUCAAAUCCUUUGGAUAAUCUUGAUUUUUCAAAUCCAGCAUUCAAAGCUGGUGUUGAAAGAGUAUCAACAAUUGUUGGAGUUGGACCACAUUCAGAUCCGAAAAUUAGACUUGCGGCUAUUGCAAAAAUUCUGAAAACAGCUCCGCAUCCUGAGCCACCAAAAACUGAAGCAAAUAUAAUUCAGCAACCAGCAGAUGUUUUAAAAUUACUAUUUGUGCAAGAUCUAAGAAACUUGCAAACAAAAAUUAAUGAGGCACUCGUUGCUGUUCAAACUGUUACUGCUGAUCCCCGUACUGAUACCAAAUUAGGCCAAGUUGGUAGAUAAUUAUAUUGUUCCAUUGUAAGAAAAUAGUAUUGUACUUUGUCAGUUUUUAGGAGUGAAUUUUAAAUAUUUACUCUUUGUCAUUUCAUUGGUUAACAUUGUAAUCAUAAUUUAUUAAUUAAGGUUCUUUUAAUACUAGUUUUUAAAUUU